AUGUACACUACACAAAAGACUGUAAGGAUCAUAAUACCAGAUGAUGAAGAGAAAGAAAAACAGGUGGAAUACUCACCGGAAGAAAUUGAUAAACUAGUGUCGUUUAUUAUGAAAAUGACAACGUUAUACGAUUUGCGUGAUGAUGAUUGGACAGAAGCAAAUAAAGAAGUGAUUAAAAACUUCUUUUAUUACGUAUCUAACAUGACACUGACCGUCUGCUUCGACGAACAUAAUCUGCUUUGCUCUUUGAAUUACCCGGAGUGUAUCUUCGACGAUUUAAUGUUCUUUUAUAGAGAUCCUGGAGAAAUAUUUCAGGUUGACACAUUUCACGAUAAGAUUCACUUUGGCACCGUAGAUUAUAAAGUGGAAGGUUCUAUCCUUAGGCAUAUUGAGCUAUUUUAUUUACCAAUAUUUCUGAAACAAGAAUCAUGGCCGGACACUAUAAGAACUGACAUCUUUUCUAAGAUGCAUACCUAUUUGGCACGAUUAACCGACCAGCAUUACAGAAUGUACGGACUGUGUAUUUUGUAUAUACCAACUGAGGCUGAUGACAUUGACAUUGACGUCGGGUCCCGGGAUAAAGAACUCAUUAAGCGGCUCGAUAGUGUUGUCGUUUACUGGACGAGACAAAUAAGACUCAGUUUACAAGAUCUCGAACAGGGCAGUACUAAUGAAAUGAUCUGCCCUGUUGAAGAAUACGAAUUUUGGAAAUACAGAUAUGAAAAUCUAAGUUUAAUUGUAUUUCAAACAAAUUUGCCAAGUCUUAAAAAAAUUUGCUUUUUAUUAAAUGCAGUGCAAUCCUCAUAUGUCAAACAAUUCACAUCACUAUCGGAAGAGAUAGAUGCGAAUUUAGCAGAAGCUAAGUCGAAUAUUGAAUAUUUACAGAUUAUUGUAAGACCAUGUGAGGAUCUUCGUUUGCUUAAGGAUCCAUCGGAUAUUCCUAAUAAAUUAGAGCCAAUUUUGCAUACUUUCCGAUUUAUUUGGAUAAAUAGCGAGUAUUAUAAUACUAGAGAAAAGGUUAGCGGUUUAUUUUGGAUGCUCAGCAACCAGAUAAUACAGCAAUGCAUAGAUUUUAUCGACUUUAGCAUUGUAUUCAAGGAAAAGAAAAUACGGAGUGGUAUUAAAAUGUUUGAAAAAUGUAUUGAUUGCUGCAUGCGAUAUAUAAAAACUUACGUAAAGGUGAUCCAGUUGUUGUAUAAAGCUCUGGCGACGGUCUAA